UUCUGCCGGUUCCGCUCGCGUUCCGCCGUUCCAUCCCCGCUGGCUCCAUCAGCACCGAGCCGGGGGGUGGGAGGCGUGCGUGACCCCGGUUCGUCGGCCCCGACGCCGCGGGGAUGGCUCCCGGGGGUGGGCGGCGAGGGACGGGCCCCGGGGUCCGGUGGAAGACAACGGUCCCGCUUCGGUCCCUAAACCCACGGCUGCUGCGGGGCUGGGGGUAAAAUUUUGGGGGGGGGAACCAGCUGGGACGUGGCUCCAGCUGAAUUAACAGGAGGCAGGGGGUUGGCAGUUGGGGGGGGGGGGGGUCCCCAGCGCCCUCCCGUCACCCAGAGCCCUGGCAGGGUGACAGCACCCACAGCCGGGGCCGGGACGUCGCCGCUUUCCCGGUGACGGAGGGUUUGUGCACCGGGCGCCUUUAACGAGCGCGGCCUCGGCGCGGUGACGUGGGGUGGCCCAGGGCCAGGAAAGGGGGAACCGUCACCCGCCAGCCCCGCCGAGGAAAAUACCCGACAACUUUUUCUUUUGUGCGUGGCCGCUGGCUCCCCAGCUGCCAGCGCUCAUGGCGGAUUAAAACCCCCCCCUCCCCGCGCCGACACCGGCCGCACGCCCCCGGUCCGGGCAGUGACCUGGCAGCCCCGCAAAGAUGCCUCUUCACGACGCGAGAGCCGCGGCUCUCCUCGCUUGGGUGAACAGCACCAAAGUUUGUGCCAAUGCCCUCGGUGAUCUCUCACAGCUCCAGGACUGUAGCGUCUUCAUCAGGAUCAUCAACAAAAUCCACAGGAGCGAGGAGGGGGAGUCUGUGCUGGAGCAGCCGCUGCCGGAGAGGAUCUCCUUCAUCCGUGGUUUCCUGCAGAAGCACUGCAAGCACAAAUCGGCCGCGGAGAGCCUGGUCUCGGCACAGAAGCUCCUGGAGGGAGAGGAGCUGGCGUUGGCCAAGGUGGCCGUGCUGCUCCUGUAUCACACCUCCAUGAGCUGCAAGAGCCCCGGGGACUGGAAUGAAUUUGACUACAAGACCCAGGUUGAGCUGGCAGCGAUCCUCAGAUUUGUGCUGGACAACGAGGAGAGCCUGAAUGAGAAUCUGGAGAUGUUUCUGCAGAGGAAAGCGCCGCUGCCCGUGUCCAGCGCGUCCGGCAGCAGCUCCGAGGAGCACUCCCCGCUGCUCCCCCUCCCGCACAAGCGAGAGGUGCGUUUCCUGGAGCUGCAGAAGAUUGCCUCCUCCUCCUCCAGCGCCAACAACAUGCUCCCCGGCGCUCCGUCCUCGCCCAUGGGGGACAUCAUGCAGACCCCCCAGUUUCAGCUGCGGCGGCUGAAGAAGCAGUUGGCUGUUGAGAGAGAAAACCGGGAUGAGCUGGAGGUGGAGCUGGCAGAGAAUCGGAAACUCAUCACGGAGAAGGAGGCUCAGAUCACCAUGAUGCAGCAGCGGAUUGAUCGCUUGGCUCUGCUCAACGAGAAGCAAGCCACAGACCAGCUGGAGCCCAAGGAAAUGGAGGAGCUGAGGGAGAAGAAUGAGAGCCUGAUGGUGCGCUUGCAUGAGGCCCUUAAGCAGUGCCAAGACCUGAAGACUGAAAAAGGCCAGAUGGACCGAAAAAUCAACCAGCUCUCCGAGGAGAAUGGGGAUCUUUCCUUCAAGCUGCGGGAGAUCGCCAGCCACUUGGUCCAGCUGCAGGAAGCCCUGAACGAGCUCUCGGAGGAGCACAACGCGGCCCUGGCGCAGUCGCAGGAGAAGCAGGGGCAGCUGGAGAGCGAGCUGCGUGCUGCCCUGCAGGACAAGAAAUGCUCGGAAGAGAAGAUCGAGAUUCUCCAGGGGAAGAUCUCUCUGCUGGAGGAUCAGCUGGCCAAGCUGGGGGACUGCAGCGCCCAGGAAAAAGGGGAGGUCAUGGGCGACAUCCUGAAGCUGGAGGAGCUGAAGCAGGAGGUGGCCAGCCUCGCCGCUAAAGGGGCCGAGCUCCAGGCCACCGUCCUGCGGCUGGAGGAGGAGAAGCAGCUGCGGGAGGGGGCUCUGCAGGCCGAACGCUGCCGCUUCGAGGAGGAGAAGCAGCAGUUGGGCGGCCUCGUCGCCAGCCUCCAGAGCUCCCUCUCCGAGAGCCACCGGGUCAGGGAGAGGCUGGAGCAGGACCUGCGGGCGCGGGAAGCCGGCGAGCCCCAGGACACCGAGGCACGGUGUGAGGAGGAGGCCGGGCGGCUGGCUGCCCUCGACGCCCAGCACCAGAAAACCCUGCGGGAGAGAGAUUCUGCCCUGCAGCAGCUCCAGCACCUGCGAGAGGCCAACGCGUCCCUGAGCAGCCAGCUGCAGGCCAUGGCACAAGCCCAGGACGCCAGCCAGGCCGCCUCAGCGGAGGAGAAGGCUGAGUUGAGCCGCAAAGUCAGCGAGCUGGAAGCCAGGAUCCUCGAGCUCGGCGCCCAGCGGCAGCAGGGAGCGGCGGAGGGGCUGAGGGCUCAGCUGCGGGAGCUGGAGGGCAGGCUGAAGGAGAGCCAGCAGAGGCUGGCCGAGAGGGAGAGGCUGGCCCGGGAAAACACCCGCCUGCAAGAGCGGCUGCUCUUCCUGGAGGAAUCCCUGCGGAACACCGAGGGCAUCCUGGAGGACGAGAAGCGGCGGGCGGCUGAGAGCCUGGAGGGCAGCCUGGCCAGGAUCGCCGAGCUGGAGGCGGAGAGGCAGCGGCUGACGCAGGGCCGAGAGCCGGCUCCGCAGGAGCGGGGCGAGGAGCCGGCCAAGCGCCGGGCGCCGGAGGAGAGUCGGGAGAAGGCGCUGGGAGCCUCCCCCGCUGCCCGAGGGGAGGACGGAGAACGCGGGCGGCUGGAGGAGGAGAUGCAGGCGCUGAGCCGGGAGCACGGGCGAGCCUGCCAGCGGCUGCAAGCCGAGCAGGAGAAGACGGCUGCGCUGGAAGCCCGGGCAGAGCGCCUGGCCGCUGAGCACCAGGAGAGGCUGGUCGCCCUCCAAGCCGACCUGUCCAGUGCCCGGGCGCGGGCGAAGGAGAAGGAGGGCGAGGAGCAGAAGCUGAGGGCUGAAGUCUCCUCCCUGCAGGAGAAGAUGGCUGUCGUGGAGCAAACGGCAGCCCAGCGCGCAGCCGGGCUGGAGGCGGAUGCCCGGAGAGCCGCCGAGGUGCUGGAGGGGGUCUCCCAGCAGCUCUCCCAGGAGAAGCUCAAAUCCAAGGAGCUGGAAACCGCCGUGGAACAGCUGCGGAGCACGGAGGCCGAGCUCUCCCGGGCGGCCGCCGCCGGCAGGCAGCGGGAAUUGGAGCUAGAGGUGGAGGUGAAGAAGCUGUCCGGGGAGUUGGCCCAGCUGGGCGCCAGGCUGGAGCUGACGCUGCGGGAACACCGGCGGGACCUGGCGUGCCGGGAGGAGGAAGCCGAACGCUUGAGGCAGGAGGCGGAACGGGGAAAAGCGGAUUGCGCCGCUGAGCGAGCCCGCAAAGCCGAGCUGGAGGUGCAGCUGCAAAACGCCCUCAACGAGCAGAGGGUGGAGAGGUCGGUGCACCAGGAGGAGCUGGCUCGCUCCCGGGAGCUGGUGGAGGAGAAGGAGAAGGAGCUGGACGAGCUCCGCCGGAAAAAUGUCUCGUGGGGCGAGGAGCUGAGGGACCUGCAGCAGACGGUCAGCAAGCUGAAAGGAGAGCUCGCCUCGGCGGAGGCGGCCAAGGAGCGGGCAUCCAAGGUGGACAACGAGCUGCAGGGCUUCUCAGAGGCCGCCCGGAGCAGGGACGCGGAGGGGGACAGCGUCAAGGCCACCUGCUCCAAGGAGACCUCCCUCAAAAGCUUGGAGAAGACCCAUCCCAGGGAGCGGGAAGCCGGCUUGAGCCAAGACCUUUACCAGGAGAAGCUGAAGGAGAACCAGGCGCUUCGCUUGCAAGUGGAGGAGCUGGAGCAGCAGCGCAGGGAGCAGCAGGAGGCUGUGGCUGCCCUCGAGCAAGCGGUGAUGGUGGAGCAAGCAGAGCUGGAGGCCUCGAGGAAGGAAGCGGCCCAGCAGAAGGAGAAGGCGUCGGAGCUGCAGAAGCUGCUGGAGGCCUCGAGGUCGGCGCAGGCUCUGCACGACGGCGCCCUGGAGGCCCUGCGGAAGGAGCUGCAGGAGAAGGGCAGGGAGCUGAUGCAGAGCAAAACCGCCGCCGCUGCCGCCGAGAAGGAGCUGGCGUCCCUCCGCUCCGCGGCGCAGGAGAAGAGCCGGUCGGAAGAGAACUGGAAGGAGCAAGUGUCCCAGUGCGUCCAGGAGAUGGAGAGGAAGAACAGCCUGAUCGGCAGCCUGGAGCACGAGGUCUCCAUCCUCCAUCGGCAGGUGACGGAGAAGGAGGGGGAGAGCAAGGAGCUGAAGCGCCUGAUCGUCGCCGAGUCGGAGAAGAGCAAGAAGCUGGAGGAAAGGCUGCGGGUUCUGCAGACGGAGAUGGCCACCGCCGCCUCCCGGGCGGCCGAGAGGUGCUCGCUCAUGAAGGUGGAGGUGCAGCGGUGCCAGGAGGAGAUGGAGAAGCAGAGGGUGGCCAUCGAGGCCUUGAAGAGGGACCGGCACUGCCAGACCGAGCGGGAGGACGAGCUGCGGCAGGAGGUGAAGGUCUGCCAGGACAAGUGCCUCCAGAAGGAGCAGCUCCUCGCCGCCCUGCAGCAGGAGCUCGGCAGCGCCCAGGCGCUCGCCGGGGAGCUGCCGGCGGUGAAGCACCUUUGCCAGCAGCUGCAGGCUGAGCGCUCCUCCCUGGAGAGCCAGCACCGCCAGGACCUGGAGCAGAGGGCCAAAGCCCUGGCCGCUCUGCAAGCGGAGCUGGCGCGGGCCAAGCUGGAAGCGGCCGAGGCGCCGUCCCUGCGGGAACGGUCGGCGGAGCAGGAGCGGGCCGUCCAGCGGCUGCAGGCGGAGGCAGCGGAGACGGCGGCGCGGCUGGCGGGGCUGCAGCAGGCCAACGCUCGGCUGGCCGAGGAGAACCGGGGGCUCGGUGAGAGCCGGAGGAGCGGGCAGCAGCGGCUGGAGGCGGAGCUGGGCCAGGCCAGAGAGCGGCACGCGCGGGAGCUGGAGCGGCUGCGGUCGGCGUCGGAGGAGCUGGUGGCCAGCAGCCGGCAGAAGGCGGAGGAGGCGGCGCGGAAGAUGGAGGCGAUGAGUAACGAGUACGAGAGCAGCAAGGCGGCGGCGCUGGAGGAGAGGAGGAAGCUGCUGGAGGAGAGGCAGAGGCUGACAGCUCAGGUGGAGCAGCUAGAGGUAUUUCGGAAAGACCAAGCCAAGCAGGUGGAAGAGCUCAACAAAAAGCUGGCUCAGCACGAGAAGGCUGCCCGAACCCAGCAGCAGAGAGUUAAGGUGCUGGAAGGGGAGCUGCAGGCAGAGGCCACGCGUCAGCAGGAGAAGGUGGCAGAGCUGCAGGCGCAGCUCGCCCAGAAGGAGCAGGCAGCCGAGCACUACAAAGGCCAGAUGGAGAAGGCAAAAACUCACUACGACGCAAAGAAGCAGCAGAACCAAGACCUGGCGGAGAAGCUGAAGGCCAUGGAGCAGUUGCAGAAGGAGAACGCGGAGCUCCGGACCGAGUCGGAGAGGUUGACCAAGGAGCUGCAGCAGAGCGUCCUGCAGGCCAAGGAGUCGGAGCUGAGCUGCAGGAACCUCACCAGCCAGGUCCGCAGCCUGGAGGCUCAGGUGGAGUUUGCCAACCGGCAGCUACGGGAGCUCGGCAAGUUCCAGGUGGCCACGGACACGCUGAAGGGCCGGGAGCCUUUCCACCAGCACCCAUCUGACCUCAGCGCCGACAGCCUCGACCUCAGCCUCGAGGAAGCGCAGCCGCUCAACUCCACCAGGAAGGCUGGCCGCUCGCAGUCGGAGGCCUCGGCGGUGCCGCCGGAUGGCGGAGAUCCGCUGGCGUCCCAGCGUCUGCCCCACAAAGUGGAGUCCCUGGAGAGCCUCUACUUCACCCCCAUCCCCAGCCGCACGCGCUCCCAGCUGGAGAGCAGCGCCGGCUCCCUGGGAGACCUCUCGCUUGAUUCCGGCUGCAAGACCCGCUCGGCACGGCGCCGCACCACCAUCAACAUCACCAUGACGAAAAAACAGGCCAAGACGGAGGAACCCGACAGCGCCGACUCCUCCUUCUGCAGCAUCCCCGGGGCUCAGCCCCCCACCGCCGCCCCCGCCAAGGGCCGCCUGCGCUCGGCCGCCUCCGCCCGCUCCCUCACCAGCUUCCCCUCCCAGGACUCUCUGGUCAAGCUGGAAACCUCCUCCCCACAGGAGACCCCCGGCGAUUCGGCGCUGCGGGGCCUCCCCGGCUACCGCCCGGUCACUCGCAGCUCCCUGCGGCGUUUGCAGGGGGGCAGCAGCUCCAGCCUCGGCCGGAGCAGCAUUUACCUGGGGACGUGCCAGGACGAGCCGGAGCCGCUGGAUGACUGGAACCGCAUCGCGGAGCUGCAGCAGCGGAACCGCAUCUGCCCUCCCCACCUGAAGACCUGUUACCCCCUGGAGAACAGGCCUUCCAACUCCUUGGGGACCAUCACGGACGAGGAGAUGAAGAUGGGCGACCCCAAGGAGACGCUGCGCCGGGCCAGCAUGCAGCCCGCCCAGAUCGCCGCCGGCACGGCCGCCCGGCGCAGCACCCUCGGCAGCACCCUGAGCGCCGCCUGGGCCGGCGGCAUCACCACCCGCCAGCAGCGCAAACGCCUUUCGGACGAGUCCCACCAGGGCCCCGACACCCCCGAGUCCAAGAAGCCAACCAGCUGCUUCCCACGGCCCCAGACCCCCCGGGAGCGCAGCGACCGGCGCAGCUCCCAGGUCAGCCGCAGGAGCGAGCAGCAGCCCCCCAGCAAGCAGGCCGAGAGGCGCCAGUCGAUGGCGUUCAGCAUCCUCAACACCCCCAAAAAGCUGGGGAACAGCCUCCUGCGCCGGGCGGCCGGCCGGAAAACCACCCCCAAGAAUUCCCCCCACGGCAGCGCCCGCCGCUCGCCCCGCAUCGCCACCGCCAAGUCCCCCAAGGGCAAGGCCAGUCGCCGACCGCUCAAGGACACCAAAUUCUGAGGUCACCCCAGCUGUGCUGCUCCCCGCUCCCUGCCCCCCCCAGUGCGCUGGGGUGGGGGGACACAUAACACACCCCCCCCACACCUCGUGCCACUGCCCUGGGUGAAGCACCCACCAUCACCCCUCUCCUGCACCCACCCGUGGGUGCUGGGGAGGGGGCGUGACCCUGAUAUUUGUCACCACCUCAGCCCUGGCUGUGCAGUUACUGGGGGCUGAGCCCUCCCCUGGGGGGGACCCCCAGGGAGGUGGGGGGGGGGACAGAGCUGGGCUGGAACGUCCCCAGGGCCCCCCCCCCCCGGGUUUGGGAGCCCCCAGGAUUGGGGGGGGGGGGAAGGGGGGGCAGCAGCCAGGCCCCAGCAGGACAGUGUCUGGUGUCCCCCACCCACUGCCUCAGCGGUGAUGAGGAGGGGGGGGGACAGCAGCAUUUUUAAAGUGUUUCUACUUGUAAAUAAAUUGUAUUUUUUCUCCUG